GCCUUCAUCUGCCAUGCGGGGCAGCGGCCGAUUAAUAAUUCAAAACGACGAUUUCUAAUUCCUCCAGAGCUCGUCAUCGCUGCUCUGCUGCACAUCAUCUGCUUGUCUUUAUAACUGGGGACUUCCUUUGCAUCACUCCAGUCAACUCACCCGUCAACUGAAGAACCACGCCAUGGCUGCCCCCAAGAUCACUCUCUAUACCAACCAUCGAUGCCCCUGGGCACACCGUGCGCACAUCGCGCUGAAGGAACUGGGGCUGGAGUUUGAAGAGGUCAUCAUUGACCUGACCAAACCCCGCGAGCCCUGGUAUCUCGAGGUGAAUCCGCGCGGUCUCGUCCCUUCGCUCACCUAUAAUGGCACCGUCAUCACCGAGUCCGCCAUCGUGUCGCAGUUUCUGGCCGACGCCCAUCCGUCGCACCUCGUGGCCCCCUCCGGCAGCGUCGAUGGCGCCCUGCAACGCGCGCGCAUCGCCUUCUUCGUCGACACCUUCUUCGGCAAGGUGCAGCCGCAUUUCAACGCCGCCGUGCGCGCCGCCAACAAGGAGGAGCGAGAGGCCGCCGGCGAAGCGCUCGUGGCCGCCGCGGAGAAGGAUCUGGAGCCGCUCUUCGCCGAAUGGACGGGCGCGGGUCCGUUCUUUGGCGGCAGCGACAAAGUGACGCUGGCGGAGGUGUUGACGGGCUCGUUCCUGCUGCGGUAUCUGUCCUUCUCGGACCCGGAGAUCGGCCUGCUGAGUGCGAAGCUGCCGGCGUUGCUGGAGCGGACGCCCCGGUUCAAGAAAUGGGCCGAGGCCACGGUGCAGCAGGAGAGCGUGAACUACAUCUUCGACGCGAAGGUGUCGUCGGACGCACUGAAGGCCAAAUAUGGCUUCAAUGCGAACUAGAUAGAUGCCCGGAAGAUACAGAAUUAUGUGCAUGCCAUGAUGAUAGCGCUGAUUCAGCGUGCAAGGAACCACAGCUGGCAGUAGUUGGUUAGCUACGCGAUGAAUGAUUACCAAUCGAGA